AUGUACGGACGGCCACCGCACUUCCGCCACGGUGGCGGUGGUGCGCCGCCACCUCUGCCGCAUCCACAGCAACCACCGUUCCAGCAGCCGCCACCAGGACAACAAUUUCCUUUCCAUAACUACCUCCAAAAUCCUAACAAUCUCCUUUACCAAAGUCCCAACCUACUGAUUUUUAACAAUCUCCUCAACAACAUCAAUAACGUUCCAAUUCAGCCACAAGACCCUAACUUUCACUUUCAAAAUGUUAACUUCCAAUCGCAAAAUCUCAACGCUCAACUCCCUCGGUUUCCGCAGCCUCAUCCACAGCGGCCUAAGGAGUCAAAGCCGCAGCCACAAGCGCAAGCUAAGGCUAUGCCGAUGAAGGUGAACAUUAACGAAGUUCUGGAGAGGUUAGAUAGAGCGGUAAUAAAAGCUCGCCAUGAUAUUUUAGCUUCUGGCGGUUAUGUUUCAGCUUGGAAGGUGUCGCAGGACGCUUUGUUAGCGUUGAAAGCGGAAUCGUGGGAGUCUUUAGGAUUUCAGAUGCAGCAAGUCCCCUCCCUCCAUCGCCUUAUGAGCAUUGAAGCGAAGAUAAACUCAUUCAUUCAUUGCUAUGUUGGGGUUAGAAAAGUUACUACUUUGUAUGAUUUGGAAUUGGCAAUUUGCAAGAACGAAGGGGUUGGCCUGUUUGAGGAGCUGGAAUUGGGUCCUUUGGUAAGACACCCACUUGUCGUUCAUUAUUUUUCUGUCAUUCCUGAUGUCAAGGAAGUUUUCAGAAUAACGAGUGAAGAUAUAAUAUCUUACCUUCAUGAGUAUUUGAAAACUCAUCAAGGUAAAGAAGUAAAAGUUGAAGCGUUAUUGGAUUUCGUUGCUGAGAAGCAAUCUAAGACGAGCAGGGAAAAGCUUAAUGUGCGUAUUCAGAGCUUGGGGUGGCACAUAACUCUUAUCCGGAAAGCAGUACAAUCAGAAAAUGCCACACUGAAGGAACAUGUUGAUGAGUUGAGAAAUAAAUAUGGUAUAAGGAUCAGGAAGCGUCCACUUUUGUCUUCAAAAAAAGGGGUGCUUGAUGACCGUUUCAAUGAAAUUUCACAGCGCAUGAAGUCAAUUUCCUCAAUGGAGAAAAUUUUUUGUGGAAAACAUGUAAGGUUUUCAUCUUCAAGUUCAGAUAAUGACAGUACAGAUGAUGACGAGGAGGACAACGAGGACAAAAAUGACAAUUAUACUGAAUUUGAAGACAACCUGCACUUGAAGAAUGUGAAGAGUGAUGCCAACUUCACAUCUCCAACGCUCGAAAAUUCAGAACGAGUUAGUAGGUGUCCUUAUCCUUCAGCAUCUGAAGAAAUGGCACGGCUUGGGUUAAAACCUGAUUUGGAAUGUUCUAUUGGGGAUGACACUGAGGAUGAAACAAAUAGCAUGAAGACUGUGCCGCUAACUAGAAAGAGAAAAUUCAGCAAAGGUAGCAGCAGUACUUUGUUACCUAGGAAAUUAACUAAAAGAGAGAAGGACAAGUCCAAUUUUCAUACAGGAGAUGAGAGAAAGAAAUCCGGCAGCAAGGACACAAGUGAUUCUUCUCUUGUCAAUGACUCUACAAGAAUGUUCAUUACAACAUGGAAGGAGACAUGCCAGAAUAACAGUCCAGAUGAGGUUCUAGAUAGGAUGCUGCACAUGUACAGCUCAAGGAAGAAGAAGAAGAUGCUGACAGCAUUGUUUUCUUCAUAUCCAUUUGCUGGAUUACUUGAUGUUGCUGUCAAAUCUAUCAAAUGUGGUAUGUGGGAUAGUAUAUAUGAUACUUUCCAAACUCUUGGUCAUCAAGGAGCAUUGAACAGUGUUUCUGAGAAACAAGUUGAUUGUAUAAGCAUAGAAGUUGAAUCAGAUGAAGAGGAUGCCCCAAUUUCUGCUGGAAAAUCUUCCAAGCAUGAAUGUGGUGUAACAGUUGAUGAUAUCAUAAAGAAAAUUUCUUCAUACUUUGAUUUUGAUGGUGAUGUCUCUGGCUAUGCAAAUCCUACUAAGCAAAUGAGACUUUCCAUUUUGAGGAAGCUUUACAAGUGUGAGUCUUGGCUAGUUGAACAGUUGUCUGUUGAAGAAUUUGAAUGUUUUGGUUUUGGAGAUUUUAUAAUGUUCUUGGAGAGAUAUUUGCACCUAUUACCUGAUGCAAUGCAGAAGUUUUUUAUUGGGCACAAGUACGAGAAUCUUCCUUUCGAGCCUUGCAUGCUUCAGCUUCAGUUGGAUGUACUAAUGUCACAAGCUUCAAACAGCAUUUGGAAAAAUGAAAAGGUAAGCAAGAUAAUGGUAUCGGGGCUGUUGAGUGCGCAAUUCCCUUCAGUCUGCUUCAAAUCAGUGGAAAAUGAUUCUUUACUAGAUCUUGGGGAUAUAUUACGGGAAAAUGAAGGUAAUGUUACUGCUAAAUGUGUCCUAUUUUCUGCGACUUUGUUAAAAAGGCAUAGUGUUGGAGCUUCCAGUGCUCUAAAUGAGAAUUUGCUGGAUUCUGGUGGAUCUCAGCUUGAUAUUGGGCAUAAUGCUGGAAGCCUUGGCUUGGUCACUACUAAGGAUGCCAUUGAAUUCUUACUUAGGGCUCCUAUGCUGACAGAUCUACAUAUCUGGGCGCAUUGGGAUACCAACUAUGCUCCUUCACUUGGUUCUCUUGUGACGUGGUUGUUGAAGGAGGUUAAUGCUAGGGAAUUAUUGUGUUUAGUAAGCAAGGGUGGCAAAGUCAUGCGACUUGAUCAUACAGCUACUAUUGAGUCCUUUUUAGAUGUUUUACUUGAAGGAUCCUGCUUUGGAACAGCAGUGACACUGCUGUCUCUACUAGCUUUAUAUGGUGGUGAAGGAAAUGUUCCUUUAUCUCUCCUAAAGUGUCAUGCACAAAAAGCUUUUGAAGUAAUAAUCAACAAUUCGAUGGGAAAGGAAUUCCAUGGGGAUCAGGGUUGCCUUGUGCAGGGAGAGUCCAUGCCUGGACAUGAUGUUUUUGAACAAAGAACGUCAAGGAAUUUAGGUGACGAGUUAUACAGAGAUAGGAAUAGAGUUAAUGAAGUGGUUCAGGUUAUUUCAGGGCUUAUUCUGGAUUGUCUGGGUUACCUACCUGCUGAAUUCUGGAGUUUUGCUGCUACCGUGUUGUUUGCUGGAUUGCACAAUUUGGUCAAAGAUGCUCCUUCAGCCAUCCUCACUGCGUGCAAGAAUGUAGAGCAACGUGUCAUGCUUCAUGAAGUUGGAUUAUCACUUGGGAUAUUGGAAUGGAUUGAUGAUUAUCAUCAGUUUUCAUCCUCUGCAUUGACUAACUCAAUGUGCACCUUGGAUUCUUCCUGCUCAAAAGAUGCAAGUUAUGAAUGUAACAGGGGUACAUUAUUUCUGCGGAGCAGACUUAAGGAUUGUCUUCCUUCUUUAGGUGGUAUGGAAGUCCCUAUCAAAUCAGACCAGAAUAAUGAUCAUCAAGAAGUUAACUCCAUAGAGCAAGUUGCUGAUGUUUCUGUCCAGCUUUCACCUGAUGAUACUGCACCUAGAUUAUGCAAACUAGAUUGCAUUCACGAUCCACUUGGAGUUAUUGACUCCAUUAGGAGAGAUGAAUUUGGUCUAGAUCCGAGUCUUUCGACUACAGAAAGUAGAAUGUUAAUGAAGCAACAUGCUCGCUUAGGGAGGGCACUCCAUUGUCUUUCUCAUGAAUUGUAUUCCCAGGAUUCACAUUUUCUUCUGGAGCUGGUCCAGAAUGCUGAUGAUAAUAUCUACCCAGAAAACGUGGAACCCUCUCUUACAUUCAUUGUUCAGGAAAAAGGCAUUGUAGUCCUUAAUAACGAGAUGGGGUUCUCUGCCGAAAACGUCCGAGCUCUUUGUGAUGUUGGAAAUUCAACAAAAAGGGGAUGCAGUACUGGUUAUAUUGGAAAGAAAGGCAUUGGCUUCAAAUCAGUGUUUCGGGUCACUGAUGCUCCUGAAAUACAUUCCAAUGGUUUUCAUAUAAAGUUUGACAUAACUGAGGGCCAGAUUGGUUUUGUUUUGCCAACUGUAGUUCCUCCUUGUGAUAUUGAAUCAUAUAGCAGACUGUUAUCGACGAAUACUGAUGAUAUGGAUUGUAACUCUUGGAGAACUUGCAUUGUGCUUCCCUUCAAAGCAACUCUUUCUCAAGGUCUCGCAAUGAACAUCAUAUCAAUGUUUUCAGAUCUUCAUCCAUCUUUGUUGCUCUUUCUUCAUCGUCUUCAAUGCAUCAAAUUAAGGAACAUGCUUGAUAAUUCUUUAACUGUUAUGAGAAAAGAAGUGACUGGAGAUGGUAUUGUUAAGGUGUCCAUGGGGAAAGAGAAAAUGGUCUGGCUUGUAGCAUCUCAGAAAUUGCAAGCUGACAACAUUCGUCAUGAUGUCAAUGAAACAGAGAUCUCCAUAGCAUUUUCAUUGGAAGAAGCAAAUGAUGGGGAAUACAUUCCACAACUGCACCAACAGCCUGUUUUUUCAUUUCUUCCUCUGAGAACUUAUGGCUUAAAAUUUAUUGUUCAAGGUGAUUUUGUCUUGCCUUCAUCUAGGGAAGAAGUUGAUGGAGAUAGCCCUUGGAACCAGUGGUUACUGUCUGAGAUUCCUGAGUUGUUUGUUACGGCACAGAAAUCCUUUUGUGAUCUUUCAUGUUUCAGGGAGAAUGCUGCAAAAGCUGUUACAGCUUUUAUGAGCUUUGUUCCCUUUGUUGGAGAAGUGCAAGGAUUUUUUUCCAGUCUUCCUCGGUUGAUAAUUUCCAAAUUACGCAUGUCAAACUGCCUACUUCUGGAAGCUGAUAAGAUUGAGUGGGUUCCUCCGUGCAAAGUUUUGAGAAACUGGAAUGAACAAGCUCGUGUGCUUCUGCCUAAUUGGUUGCUUCACAAGCACCUUGGCCUUGGGUUCCUCAAGAAGGAUAUAAUUUUGUCAGAUUCACUGGCAAGGGCAUUGGGUAUAGAGGAGUAUGGGCCAAAAACCGUGUUUCACGUUAUGUCAUCUUUGUCUCGAUCUAAGAAUGGUCUAAAGGAUAUGGGCUUGGGAUGGUUAUCUUCCUGGAUAAAUGAAGUUUAUCUGAUGUCCCUCAAUUCUGGGACUGAAUCUGAUCUGAUUUUAAGUCUUCGAAAAGUUCCAUUUAUACCUCUUUCAGAUGGCAAAUAUUGCUUUGUUGACAGAGGUACAAUUUGGUUGCACUGCGACACCAUUGGGGUUGGUAAUGAGUAUGAUUUCAAAGCGUUUCCAAAACUCUAUUCUAAACUUCGAAUUGUGAAUCCAGCACUCUUUUCUGCAGCAGUAGCUGCUGACAAAUCAUGCUUGGAUGCAUCUAUUGUAGAGAACGUCACUAGGCUGCUUAUCAAAGUUGGUGUCCAGCGAUUAUCUGCACAUGAAAUUGUGAAAAUGCACAUCCUACCAUCUAUCUCUGAUGAUAGAAAUAUUUCCAGGGAUAAGGAUUUGCUGACAGAUUACCUUGCGUUUAUACUGCUCCAUAUGCAAUCAAGUUGCCCAAGCUGUUGCCUUGAAAGGGAUUGGAUUAUGUCGCAUCUGCGGACUGAAGCUCUAGUUUUAACAAAUUAUGGCUAUAAACGACUUAAUGAAGUGCCAAUACAUUUUAGCAGAGAAUUCAGAAAUCCAAUUGACAUGAAUAAGUUAAUUAAUGGUAUCGAUAUGAUAUGGCACGAGCUUGACAGCAUCUACCUGGAACAUCCAAUCACGAAAUCAGUUCCUGAUGGAAUAUUGAAGUGGAGAAAUUUUUUCCAGGAAUUAGGCAUCACGGACUUUGUUCAAAUAGUACAAGUUGAAAAACCUAUUGCAAAUGUAACCUUGACUUCCAUGGGGCCAACUGUAAAAGACUGGGAAUCUUGGGAGUUGGGUCAUCUGUUAUCACGAUUUUCUUCCAGAGGUGACCGUGAGAAGUGCAAGUACCUGCUGGAGAUUAUUGAUACACUAUGGGAUGAUUAUUUUAGUGACAAAGUUACUAGUUGCUGCAUGGUUACUUCUUGUGAAGCAGGCAAGCCUUUUGAGUCAUCAAUUAUUAGCAUGCUUCAAAAUGCUAAGUGGAUGGUCUCAAUUAUGGAUGAUGACCUUCACUAUCCUAGAGAUUUAUUCCUUGAUUGUGAAGCGGUGCGAUCUAUUAUUGGUGCCACUGCUCCAUAUGCUGUUCCAAAGGUGAGAAGUCAAAAGCUGCUAGAUACCCUCCGUUUAAAAUCUCAAGUUAGAAUUGACGACAUAAUGUCACUUCUUAAAGUCUGGAGGACAGCAGCACCCUUCAAAACAAGCAAAGCACAGAUGUCAAGAUUGUACACAUUCAUUUGGGGCGAAAUGGCUAAAUCAAAGCCAAAAAUUGUGGAGGAAUUAUCUUCUGGGCCUUUCAUAUUUUUCCCCCACGUAUCUGGUUUCUCGCUUGAAGAUGUUGUCACUGGUGUAUUUUUGUCUCCUAAAGAAGUAUGUUGGCAUGAUACAACUGGUUCCAUGGACCAAAUGAAGUUGGUGCAUCCAAAAUUUGCCCUAGACGUGAUUAGUCUUCCCUGCAUCAAAAUGUUAAGCAGAGUUUAUCCGGCCCUUCACGACUUCUUCGUAAAUGAAUGCGGAGUAGAAGAACUCCCUCCUAUUAAUGGUUAUCUUCAGAUUUUGAUAGAGUUGUCAACUGUUGCUUUGCCUUCACAGGUUGCUAGGACUGUUUUCAAUGUUUUUUCGGAGUGGGCUGAUAGAUUGAGUUGUGGAUUGUUGAGUAAUGAAGAUGUGGAAUACUUAAGAGGGAGAUUUCUGGAAAAAGAAUGUGCAGUGUUUCCCACAGCACAAGAUAAAUGGGUUUCACUACACCCAUCAUUUGGUCUCAUAUGCUGGUCAGAUGAUGACGAGUUAAGAAAGGAAUUUAAAUAUCUUGAUGGUAUUGACGUGCUUAGCUUUGGGAAUCUCAUGGAUGAAGAGACAGAAUUGCUUCAGACUAAGGUUGCAAACCUCAUGAGAAUGCUGGGGAUACCUGCCCUUUCAGCUGUUGUGAGUCGUGAAGCCAUCUAUUAUGGUCCUACAGACUCUAGCUUGAAAGCAUCUCUUAUUAAUUGGGUUCUUCCUUAUGCUCAGCGAUACAUUUACUAUGUGCAUCCUGAUAAGUAUCUUCAGCUCAAGAAUUGUGGAUUUGAGAAUCUGAGAUGCCUGCAGAUUGUUGUAGUGGAAAAGCUGUUCUAUAGAAAUGUUGUUAAGAGACAUGAAGUUGUUUCUAAGAAACGCUUUGAGUGCACUUGUCUUCUACAGGACAAUAUCUUGUAUGCCACUCCAGAAUCAGAUUCUCACUCAAUUUUCAUGGAACUUUCACGUGUAUUAUUUGAGGAUGCUCCUCAACUGCAUUUGGCAAACUUCCUUCACAUGAUCACAACCAUGGCAGAAGCAGGUUCCUCUGAGGAGCAGACAGAAUUUUUCAUUUUAAACAGCCAGAAGGUUCCAAAACUACCUGAAGGAGAAACUAUCUGGUCUCUGUCUUCUCUAUCGGGAAUAGUGAACGAUGAAUUGCAUACCAGUAGUACUGUUUCCGCAUUAGUUGACAAGUCGAACACACACACAAAUAAGAGGAAGCUUGACAUCAAUUCAAAUUGGCCACCAGUUGGUUGGAAAACUGCCCCCAGUUUUAAUUUUGCUUGUAUAAAUGCUUUGAAGACACAAGCAGGUGAUAGCCUUCCAAUCAGGGAGGUUGAGGAUGCAGAAGAAAUUACCAUACAGACAGGUCAGAUGGCUCUAGCUAAUUUGAAUUCUGAUUUGGCUUUUCAAGGUGGCCAAUCUUCUAUUUUACCAGCAGUAAACUUGCAAUUUCAAGAUGGCCCCUCAUCUACUACACCCGAAGUAUGUUUACAAUUUCAAGAUGGCCCAUCAUCUACAGCACCAGAAGCAUGCAUACAAAAUCAAGAUGCCCCAUCAGGUACUACACCAGGAGCAUGUUUACAAAAUUCUGUAAUUCCAGAAGACCAAUCUGAUCAUGCAAGCAUUAUGGCUGCUUGUAGUUCAGCUAAGAUAUUUGAUUCUGUUGAUGCUGCGAAUGCAGCUGAUGGCUCUCAUUUUGCUUUUUCUGAUACUGGUCUGAGAAAUCAACUAUCCUGGGGCAAUGCUGGUGCACAGGCAGCAUUAACAGGAAAACUGGGAGAGUUUGUAGCUUUCAAAUAUUUUGCAACAAGAGUUGGUGAGCGAUCUGUUAAAUGGGUAAAUGAAGCCAGUGAGACUGGGCUACCCUAUGACCUCCUCGUUGGAAAUGAGGAAAAUGGCUGGGAAUACGUUGAAGUUAAAGCAACCAAAUCCAGAUCUGCAACAAGGGACCUGGCUUUCAUAUCUGUGAGAGAGUGGCAAUUUGCAUUUGAGAAAGGUGAAUCUUUUAGUAUUGCACAUGUCAUUCUCCUGGAUGACAACACAGCAAGGGUCACAACAUAUAAAAAUCCAGUAAAACUGUGUCAGCUUGGUAAGCUGCGGUUAGCCGUUUUCAUGCCAAGACAGCCGGAGUUGUCCAAUCUCUACUAAAGCUGCUACCCUUUUAUUUGAACUUACGGGGUUAUUUUUCUACGUGCUGGUUGCUAGUCUUCGCAACAGCACAGUGUCUGAUUUAAACGGCGGAAGGUGCCAGAACUUCCUGAUGGAGAGAAUCCAUCUGGUCUCUCUCUUUCAGUAACUGAGAAUGACAAAUUGCACACUAAGAAUUCUUUCACUGUGACGGAUGAGUCGAAUGCUUUUAAAUCUGAGAGGAGGCAUGGCAUCAACUCAAGCUGGCAACCCCUAGAUGACAAAACUGCUUCUGGUUUUAAUUUGCCUGUGCAAAUCAACUGCAGACAAAAUCAAGUAGCUGCCAUCAGAUCAGGGGCACUGAGGAUGUAAAAGAGUUAAAUACAUGGACGGGGCCCACGGGGUGCAUAUCAUUGAAUCCAAGUUGGAAUGUAACUCAAACUAGGAAGAUAGCUGAGCAUCUAUGUCACAGACAGUCCGUUGACAUGGUACUGAAAUUUCUAAAGAUCAGUAUAACCAACCGAGCAAGAAGGCUCAAUCAAGAGGAGAUUAUUUGGAUGAUUUAUUUAGAUAAUUAUUGUAGUAUUUUUUAUGAUAUGAUGUA